CAAGGUCAUGGGGCUUAUCCUCUUGAAGAACAACUCCUGGAUGUUUCCAAUGCUCCGUUGGUCUGGCCCAAUGCAAGGUUGGCCUAUGAAAAAGCCUCCGAGACACUCCAAUUACUUCGUUCAUUACCCGAAGAUUGUUUAUUUAAUGUGAUAUCAUUCGGUUCUUGUUUUGAUUCUUUGUUUGAAAAAAGUCAACCUUAUUCCCAAGAAAGUUUCUCAAAAGCUCUUAAACAUGCUCAAAAAAUGACUGCAA